AUGUCACGACGCGAGAUUCUCGCCCGCAAUCGUUACGAGUAUAUCGUCCUGCAACAUCGUUUCGACGAGAUAAAGUCGCUGCUGCGAAAUCUGGAAACCCUGGGGGAAGGAAUGACUGCCAUGGAUUAUGAGGUUUUAUCCAUCGCUCAUGUGAGUUACAAGGAUAAAUUGGACGAACGCGACAGAGAGCUAGAAAAAUUACGCAACAAAAUCGCUGAAGCGGUUAACGGAGUCGCUCACUACAAGGAAAAGGAGACAUGCCUCGCGGAGGACAUCGAGUUUGAAGAACGCGAAUUGGACGAGUAUCGUGAACGGACGGCCAGAGUUCGAGAGGACGUCAAUAAGCUCCAUUUAAUGCUGAGAGAUUUACGACAAGCUCAUGACGAGAGGAGGCUCGAAGGCGGGCUGCUGAUGGCUCCGCCUGUGCUGCGUGAGAUGGAGAGGACGAUAAAGUCGCUGGACGCCUUAAGGAAUGACAUUGAGAUAAUCAAGCGCGAGAUUCAGCAGUACGGCCCUGCAAAGAAGGAGAGGAAGAGGAAUAGUAAAGUAUUGGCAAUGUCGAUGAUGACACAAGGCGAACCGGGUCGUUCCUAA